CCGGCGUCUUUGGGCGGGGGUUCGGGGCCGCCGCUCCGCGCCGCCGGCCACAGCCAAUCGCUCUCCCCACUCCGCUUUUGAAAUCGAGCUGCUUCCUAUCCUCAGUCUGCCGGCUGCUCGCUGCGGCCCCGCCGGCCGCGGGACCCCCACCUCACCGACCCUCGGGACCCUUCCUCACCGACCCCAGGAUCCGCGGGACCCCCACCUCACCGACUCACCGGAGACCGGGGCAACCGCGGGGACCAUCGCUUCACGCACACCGAGAGACCGGGGCAACCGCGAGACCCUUCUAGUCACCGACGCCCGGAGACCGGCGGCAGUAGGAAGCCAGUCCGCGACUGGGCUGGGCUGGGCAGGGCUGGACGAACAGCGGGUUCACGGAGCCGUGCGGCGCCGGAGAAGCGAGCGGAUCUCAGAGCCCGGGGGAGGGGUGUGGAGCCACAGCCUGGGGCUCAGUGUGGGAGUGCGCCCAGCUGAUUCACACUUGGCACAGCAGCAGCAGCACGGGAGGAAGGUGGAUUCGGGAAUCACAGUGGAGAAAACUGAAAGGACAAGCAUGCUGAAGGCAUCGCUCUGCAUCGCCUGGAUCAGCCUCUGCUGGGCAUCUGCCACGGGUCUGCCAAAUACAGGAAGCAAGAGGUAUGAGAAGGCAGUGAACAUCAAGAAGGACCUCCACCAGCCGGUUCACCGGGAACUCGCGGCCUCUGCGCUGCUGCCCUGCGUUUUCUCUGUGCGCCCAAGUUCACCCGUCGACCCCUCGCUGCUCCCCGACUCCCCGCGGAUCAAAUGGACCAAGGUGUCGCUGGAAGGUGGUAGCAGGAAGGAAGUCGUCAUCCUGGUGGCCAAGAACAACACGGUGAAACUCAACCCUGCCUACCGGGGCCGGGCCAGCCUGCCGGGCUACGGGCCGCUCCAGUACAACGCCAGCCUGGAGAUGGUGGCUCUCCGCGCCAGCGACUCAGGCAUCUAUCAGUGCGAGGUGGUGGUGGGCAUGGACGAUGAGCAGGAUACCGUCUCGCUGCACGUUACCGGGAUUGUGUUCCACUACCGCACCGGCAACAGCAGGUACACGCUCACGUUCGAGGAAGCCACACACGCCUGUGGGCAGAACGCGGCCAGGAUCGCCACACCCCAACAGCUGCUGGCUGCCUUCCAGGACGGCUUCAAUCACUGUGACGCUGGCUGGCUGUCCGACCAAACCGUCAGGUAUCCAAUCAGAACACCGAGACCUGGUUGCUAUGGAGAUAAGUUUGAAUACCCAGGCAUCAGAACCUAUGGUGUUCGGGAUCCUGAUGAGCAGUAUGACGUCUACUGUUACAUCGCGGAGCAGAAAGGCACCGUGUUUCACCAGUCAACAACCCGCAAGUUGAACCUGACCGAGGCUCUGCACCACUGCCGGACCCAGGGGGCGGAACUGGCCACCGCUGGCCACCUGUUCCUGGCCUGGAGCCAGGGCUUGGACCGCUGUGACGCAGGCUGGCUGGCCGACGGCAGUGUGCGUUACCCAAUCAAUGUCCCGCGCAGGAACUGUGGUGGAGAUGUGCCCGGAGUCAGGACCAUCUAUCAGCUCGCAAACAGGACGGGCUUUCCUGACCCUGGUUCAAAGUAUGAUGCCUACUGCUUCAGAGCGGCUGGUGUGGCCGGAGUUCCGAGUAGCGUUGCGGCGGAGAGCCGAGAGCUGGACACCGCGGCGGCGGGGGAAGAGGGCAGUGGCGGGGAGCCCUCGUCUCCGGAGAUCCCGCUGAGCGACUGGUCGCUGUACCUGGAGCUCCCCACUCGGCAUCAGCAGCAGCAACACCUAGGCCGCGGGCAGCCUGCUCCGCGCAGGCCUGGCCACUCCGGCACAGAGAGGCCGGCUCCGGGCGAGAGGGACCGUCUCAUCCCGGUGCCCAGCCCACGACCGCCGGACCCCACAGCCGCCGGCCUUCACACCCCGGAGACACCGGGCAUGGUGGAAACCAACGAACUGCCCGAGUCGGAGCGCCCGCCCGCCGCUGGCAACGGACUGGUCCAGGGCUGGGAGCAGAUUCAGGGGCCGACAUUGACCAGAGCGGAGAGCGGAAAUCUUGCGGACCCCACGGACACGAGCAGCCCUACACCGGGAGAGACCCAGGGUUCGGGCACCAGCCGCCCGACACCGGGAGAGACCCAGGGUUCGGGCACCAGCCGCCCGGCACCGGGAGAGACCCAGGGUUCGGGCACCAGCCGCCCGGCAUCGGGAGAGACCCAGGGUUCGGGCACCAGCCGCCCGGCACCGGGAGAGACCCAGGGUUCGGGCACCAGCCGCCCGGCAUCGGGAGAGACCCAGGGUUCGGGCCGACUGCACAACGUCGGGAGGAUGGGAGACAGCUCCGAGCCAGCUACCUUCACGGAGCCAGCUAUCUUCACGGAGCCAGCUACCUUCAUGGAAUCAGAGACCGCGACAGAGCGGAGUGGGGCACUGUCCGGCACCGCAGAGCCGGCUGCUGCCGAGGCCAACAGAUCGAGCAGCGAGGAGAAAAUAGACGGCGCCAAGAUCAAAAGAGCCGGUGAGGAGAAUCGGACGGGAGGGGAUGUGGCGUGGACGGACGCGACGGCGGAGACCGGCACAGGGAGCGGGGCUAGCGAGCCUUUACUGACCGAGGCCGGGGACGGGGACGGGGACGGAGACCACGGGCCAACGGAGAGCACCAGCCACACGCCCGGCACGCCGCUAGAAGCGGGCAUAGAGGCCUCUGGAGAGACCGCUCCUAAAGAGGACCCGGAAUACCUAUCGGCCUCUUCCAACACGGGGGCGGGAAACAGCGCUCGGUUGGUCGACCUCGGAGGAGAGGCAGAGACGGAGCCGACCCACAUACCCACAUCUCCCGGGAGCAGUGAGGGUGGGGAUCCCGGGGAGAGGCAGAGCACGGUGGGCGAUGGGAGGCAGGAGACCGCUCGGCCCCUCCCGGAACUGGCUCCGGACGGUGGAGACGAUGCCAGCGGGGACCCGAGCCACCUCGCCGUCUCCUGGACCCCGCGACCCGCACAAUGGACACUUAGCUCUCGGCAGGAGACGCGCACACCGACCGGUGCGGACGGAUCCCGUGUCGUGCAGGGACGAGCGAGCCGCGCUUUCUCCGCCACGACUAGGAGCCUGUUCGCUCGCACGGUCUCUGAGCAUCGACCGCCCCUCCCCACAUUGCCUGCGUCCGAGGGGGUUAGAAGUGCGACCUCGCCCCCUCUGCUCGCCAGGGAAGGGAUUAGCAGCACGGUCCGCGCCGAGCGGCCGCAGCGGGUGACGGUAACGCUGCAGGAGUUUCGCCUCAUGAAGUUGGAGAGGGAAUCGGGGUCCCCGGAGGAACUGGGCGGCAGCCAGCCGGACGUGAGGGAUGCCCCGGUGGCUACACUAAUUCCGGGCCCGGCGUCGCCAGUGGCCGCGAUGCCAACGGGAGAGACGGAGACUGAAGCACCUUCCCCGCCACCCUCCAGCACACCUGCGGCUGGGGCUGCGGUGGGAUCGACGGGCCGAGCGGCUGCUGGCAUCUGGGAGGAUAACAUAUCCACGGGUGGCUCAGGAGCCGCGUGGUCGCCACACACCGAGGGGGCCGGUACCGCUCCGGACAACCCCACCCAUCAGGCGGAGCUGGGCACCCCGGCUUCGGCCAGGACACUGCUUGCAAACGCACCCACCUUGGCCGAACGGGGACCGACCCAACACGCUUCAAAUGUGGCUUGGCCAAUUGUGACUAGUGCGAGAGAGAAGGGACAAACGGACACAGUAGAAAUCUCCGGCACGACCCCAGCAACCGGGUUGAACGCACACGCUGUCAAGGAAAGGAAGGGGACGAUUGGGCCAUUCACUGAUGCUAACACCAAUGCACAAUCUGAAUCUCCACCAACCUCGGCCAAGGGGACUACCACAGACUGGUCGCCGGUAGCAGUGACGGCGGGCACAGCAGAGGAGGACGCGUUGCCCAGUGUGGAGCGGCCGGACUUGGAUGACGAGGGCUCCGCUUCCAAGGAAGGUCCCGAGAUCUUCACAUUCCUCCCGCUUCCCACCUUGUCCCACCACACAGAGUCCUCUCGCCCUGAACCCGAGGCGGAAGCAGCGGGCAGCGUGGACAGUGCGGCAUCACGCCGCCCCCCGCUGCUCUCCUCCACCGAAGCCAAGCUGGCGACAGCUGACGAUGAAGGCGAGGGUUCCACUCUCCUGGACCAGACGAUCAAGGACCUCCUCAACCCUGCCUCGGGGCAAGGCGCAGACGGAUGGGCCGCCACGCCGGGCGCGGUCAGCUUCAACGACUCUGAAGAGGAUUCCAUCUUUGUUGCAGCAGGGGAACCAGACCCUUGCCAGAUGAACCCCUGCCUCCACGAGGGAAGCUGCUUAUCCAAUAGCACCAUGUACACGUGCAACUGCGUGGCUGGCUUUGCGGGAGAGAACUGCGAGAUAGACAUCGACGAGUGCCACUCCAGCCCAUGUGAGAACGGAGCGACUUGUGUGGACGGGAUCAACUGCUUCACCUGCCUCUGUCUGCCCAGCUACACCGGCAGCUUGUGUGAGGAAGAUACGGAGGGAUGUGAUCACAACUGGCAGAAGUUCCUGGGCCACUGCUACCGAUACUUUUCCCACCGACGCUUGUGGGAAAACGCAGAGAAGGACUGCCGGAGUCACGGAGCUCACCUGGCGAGCAUUCACUCCGUGGAGGAGAAGGAGUUCCUGAACGGUCUGAGUCGGGAAUACGCCUGGAUCGGUCUGAACGACAGGACGAUCGAGGAGGACUUCCAGUGGACAGAUGGCACUCCCUUGCAAUACGAAAACUGGCGGAUAAACCAGCCCGACAGCUUCUUCGCUGGAGGGGAGGACUGUGUUGUCUCCAUCAGGCAUGAGAAUGGGAAGUGGAACGAUGUACCGUGUAACUACAACCUGCCCUACAUCUGCAAGAAGGGCACAGUGCUGUGCGGGACUCCUCCUCCCGUGCCCCAUGCCACGGUGAUGGGCAGGAGGAAGCUGCGAUACCCCAUCCACUCGCUGGUCCGCUACCGGUGCCAGGACGGCUUCGCCCAGCGCCACGUCCCCACCAUCAGGUGCCACGCCAGCGGCAAGUGGGACCGGCCCAAGGUCCUGUGCCUCAGCCGAUCAGCUGGAAACCGCAGGUCACGAAGGCACCAGCAUAAAGGCAGCAGGAAAGAGAAGCGAAAGCACAAAAAGCGCACGGAGUCGCCCCGGAGGGAGAUGAAGCACUUCUACUGAGCAGAGGUACUCUGCGGAGGGGAGGCCGUCGCGCCGCAAGUACACGACACUGACACUCAACAAGAUGUUUUGUUUCGAGCACCCCUCGCCGGGGUGUGAAAGGGUUGUUUUUAGUUUGCGAGAGUUAUGUCACGUAUUUUUCUAAGAAAUAAUUGUGGAACUUUAAGGUAAACGUGUUGAUCGAUAAUCAGUAGGUGUUGGAGAUUAAAGCGGUUCACAGGCUCGUCCCCGCUACAAGUGUUCGGUCUCGAAAUGUGAAUGAAGGCUAGCCAAUAAUCCUUUCAAAAAAGGCACAAUCAUUAAUUUUUUUUUUAACUGAUGGAUUAUAGAUGAGGCUGGUUUAAAAAUAGAUGCUUGAGUGAUUAGUCACGGAGCCUCGUCACACAGAUCCCAGCUAGAGUACUACCCCUGACCAGUAACAUUCCCAUUAAUGCAGCACUUGUUGUUUUUGAACUCGUUAAACCCAUUAAUUGAAGGCAGGUUAAUACAUGACUGUGGGAAUACAGUUAAUGAGUUUUGUUCCUCGUUAUAUUGCCAGCAUGUUUUCAACCCAAACAUUUCAGUAAAACCUGCAGGGACUUUUCACAGUUUAACACAACGGCUUGAUUUUGCUGGGGAGGCGAGGGCAACAUUUUACAAACAAGUAAGUCCCUUUGUUCACGCCAACACCUCAUGCUCAGGGGGGUUUGUGUGUGGUUAGUAGUGCAGACUUGAGGACUCGCUUUGAGCCCAGGACACACUACUAGUUACACUUUGGUUAACUUGGCUAAACCCAAGAACCAACCCUGAGAUUGUCCCGAAGACAAGUGCAAAGUGCUGGAGUAACUCAGUGGGGUCAGGCAGCAUCUCUGGAGAUAAAGGAAUAGGUGACAUUUCGGGUAGGGGUCCUUCCCAGUCAGAGGAACACACACACAGUAGCUCAGGCAGUGGUUGCACAACAGUGGCCUUGCACUGGGUGGGAUCUCACUCACCUGAAUCGCAACCUCACUGGUCAGUCUGACCUCUCCAACCACCUUGACUCUUUUGAGGAUUUCCAACAUCUGACGCAUUUUUCGUUUACUACAAUGAUCCAGGGACAGGAAUCCAAAUGUACCAUCCCGGGGGAAUGGGGAGUUUAAUUUCAAUGGAAUAAAUCUCGACUGAAACCCAAAUGUGGAGAAGGGACCAGACUGGCGUGGAGAUGCCAGGGAUACUAACAUCACCUGUGAUGGGACUCUGGUCCAGCCCGUGUCUUACACUCUGCUUAACAAGGUGUUCUCUCUUCACUGAGGGACAGUGUGAGGAAGUUGCAUUAAUGGCAGUGGAGAUACAGCCAGUGCUUCACCCACCUAGAUCAGUAACACCCAAGUUCCUGAAAGUGGAAAGAAUUCCCAGACAUGGGAAGAAUCCAAGAAAUGGUCAGAGAUAUCCAUUUAAGGAAUUCAAAUUGGCAUCCGAUCAUCUCUGACUGGGGAAGGUUUCACUUCCUGAUUUAGCCACACCAAGUCGCAGCAGACUUGGGUCAAAGAUAAUUGGACUGAAAUUUUACAGAGUGUUUUACACAAAAACAAUACAAUUUUCUUAAUUGCUGGAGGUGGAAUGAAAUGAGUUUAAUUCACAAUUUGUCAGUAAUAGGUUGGACUGUAAUAUGCGAACUCACUGAGGCGAAACAAUAACCACAUAAACAACCGCCUGACUGGGGCUUUGGGAGAUGCGCUUCUGAUUAUACCCCCCCCCCCCGUCAAUGGGGUUACAGUCAGUGACACAGGGUGCUGAUGAGAGGGGUCACUGAUGAACAUCGGAGGGAGAUGUAUUAACAUCAGUGCAGAUACAGUCAGUGACACCGAGUGCUGAGAGGGAGGGGUAACUGAGGGACAGUGUUGGGGAGCAGGAUUAACGCCAGUGGGAAUACAGUCAGCGACACAGAGUGUUAGGGUAAGAAGGGUCACAGUCUGUGAAUGAGAACUGGGGGAGAAGGGUCACUGAGGGAUAGUGGGAGGAAGAUGGAUUAACAUCAAUGGGGAUAGUGUCAGUGCCACAGGGCACUGAGGGAGGAGGCUCAUUAAGGGAUGGUGUGAGGGAGCUGGACUAACAUCAGUGGAGAUAUUCUACCAUUAGGUUCAAUUUACUGUUUAUUUACUAUAGACAAUUCAGCAGCCGUUUCUGACAAAGAAUUGAUGCUCAGAUCCUCGGGCCACAGAUGUGGAGGCGACCACUCGGCCCCCUUUCCACCAGUUACCUCAUUGCUGCUACACCGUCUCAUCUCCUAGAAAAGACCUAUCUCAGUCUUGUAACUCACAGUCAGUGAGUUCAGAGUGGGGCUGUGGGAUUCCCAGGAUCUCAUUAUCUCUGUGGCAUCCCCCUGAGCAACCAAAGGAAUUUCUCGAUGAGAUUGUCCCUUAAUUCUCACAUCAGUCAUUUCCCUCAUGGCUCCUGCUUUGUCCCUGCAGCCCGAGGGGGGAGGGGGGAGGGGGGUGGGCAUGGAGCCCAGCACUGCUGCAGCCUUCACCUGUGGUGUUGUUGAACUUUCUCUGAAGCAAGGAGAGAAUGUUAUGGUUGUUCGUUGUGCCUUUGAAGCAAAGCGUUAAGGGGUGCUCUCGUCUUUGCUUCAUUGUGUGGUCUUAUCACUUAGCCUGAAGUACUCCACCUCUUCUGCCAACCCCUUCUCCUACCUCUCCAACCUGAAGUCCCCUCACCUCUUGUCUUCCCUCUUUCCAGGCCCCCCUGUCCAAUCCCCCUCUGUCAAUAGCCCCCUUCCCCCCCCCCCCCAUUCCUCCAGUCCAUCCCCUCUCUAGUCCUUAUUUCUGCAGUCUCACCCUCUACCACCUUCCAGUCCCCCUCCCCUCCCUCUCUAGCCCCCACCUCUCCAGCUCUUCCCUCCAGCUCCCAUCUCCAGCCCCU